AUAAAAAUCACACAACUAAACUUUGGAACCACAUUAGCACCCACCCUUUAUUUUCCCAUUCGAAGCUGCGUUAGCAGAUUCGUCGUGGAAUUCAAAGACCACCCUUUUUUCUUUCCUUUUCCUGUUUUUGACACGUAUUUGAAAGACUGCAGCCUGUGUGGAAUUUUGUCUUCCUCGUAGCUUAUAUAUAAGCAAAGGAACACACUAACAUAUUCCCAUCUUAAUUUCUUCGUAGUGUUUCAUCUUGGACCAGGACUUCCAUUCUUAUAUACCAAACACAAAGAGGUAUCUUCAUACACAAAGGACUAAGAAAUUAAGUGAUAGUUUUGUUGAAACAAGUUGAAGUGUUGUGGGGGAUCUACAUCUCUAUGGGAUUAUCACUUUCUUUACUCUCAUCAGCCUGGGAAGAAAUCGUUAGACAUUCAUUCUUUGGUCUGUCUUUGAACUUGGCCUUUGGUUCCAAAGAUGGGGCAGUGAUUCUGAGAGCAGGUAGCUUCAAGAAAAGAGAAUCUGAAACCACUUCUGCGUUGUCAAAGGGUUCAAGCAAGUUGAAUGAUUGUAGACCCGAACACAUGAUCCUUGAAAGGAACCUUUCAUGCAUUAAAGAUAUGGAGAUCAUGGGGUCAAAGGAAAGUGAACAAUUGCAGCAUAAGCCAGUGCCUGUUCUUUCUCUGCCUAAAGAAGUGGUUUUCUCUUCACCAAGACCAGUUAGUGAGCUUGAUGCUGCAGCAACUAAACUUCAAAAGGUGUACAAGAGUUACCGUACUAGAAGAAACCUUGCAGAUUGUGCUGUUGUGGUGGAAGAACUCUGGUGGAAGGCACUAGAUUUUGCUGCUCUUAAAAGGAGUUCUGUUUCAUUCUUUGAUGUGGAGAAACAAGAAACUGCUGUGUCAAGAUGGUCAAGAGCAAGGACAAGAGCUGCUAAGGUUGGAAAAGGUUUGUCCAAGGAUGAUAAGGCUCAAAAAUUAGCCCUGCAACAUUGGCUUGAAGCUAUUGACCCUCGUCAUCGGUAUGGACACAAUUUGCACAUGUAUUAUGAUAUUUGGUUUGAAAGCCAAAGCACACAACCAUUUUUCUACUGGUUGGAUGUUGGAGAUGGUAAAGAAAUAAAUCUCGAGAAAUGCCCAAGAACCACCCUUCAACGCCAGUGCAUCAAAUAUCUUGGACCAAAAGAAAGGGAAGAGUACGAAGUAAUUGUUGAAAACGGGAAGCUGGUAUACAGACAGAAUGGGGGGCUUGUGGAUACUGAUGGAAAGUCCAAAUGGAUAUUCGUUCUUAGCACCACAAGGUCCUUGUAUGUAGGACGCAAGCAGAAAGGUUCAUUUCAACACUCUAGCUUUCUAGCUGGUGCUGCUACAACAGCUGCAGGCAGAUUAGUUGCUCAACAAGGUGUACUUGAGGCUAUUUGGCCAUACAGCGGUCACUAUCACCCCACGGAAGAGAACUUCAAAGAAUUCAUAAGCUUUCUUGACGAGCACAACGUGGACCUUUCUAAUGUCAAGAAAUGUGCCAUAGAUGAUGAUGCACCUUCAAUUGUUGGGUCCAUUUCAUUUAGUGAGAUUAAUGAAUCACAACAACUGAAUAAGGGUCCCUCUCUAUCUUCUUCUCAAUCGGGCUCAGCAGCUUCCACUAAUGUCAACAACAAUGGCAUCACCAUUAAUGCGAAGGCCCAUAAAGACAUUGAAAAGAAGGUGUUUGACGUGUCCAAGAGGCUAUCAUGCAAGUGGUCCACUGGGGCUGGGCCCAGGAUCGGCUGUGUGCGUGACUACCCUGAGCACCUCCAAUCAAGGGCGUUGGAGCAGGUUAACCUCUCGCCAAGGCCCGCUUCCGCACGCCCGUAUAGCUACGGCCCAAUCCCCUCGCCCAGGCCCAGCCCAAAAGUUAGGAUGUCUCCCAGGCUGGCUUACAUGGGCUUGCCCAGCCCAAGACCCUCAAUUCCUUCUGCAAGUUAAGAUAACCAAGUCUCGGACCAUGUAUAUAUACACGUGUCCCCUUAGUCACAAAACUUGUGUCAACUAUGCUGACACUUGACUUGAGAUGAGACCAGAGAGACUUAACUCUCUUUCUCUCUCUCUCUAGCUUCUGCUUUGGUUUUACAAUUUGUUCAUUUCUUUAUUCUUGGGUUGCAUUUGCAUUAACUAUUAACCCUAUUUCUCUCUAGUUUUCUUAUCAUUCAACAUUUUGAUUCUUCAUUGUAAGUAGGGCGGGUACAAAAUCUCUAAUUGAAAAUGAGAUCAUUUUUGUCUAUUAAAAAAUUUCAGCUAUGAAUAAAAUAACAAUCUUGUUUGUACUUCUA